CCCUGAAUGGGUCCCGUGGUUAUGAUAAGUGUGCUAUCUUUCUUCCGUCCUACCUUGGUGCUGAUAUUCUUAUCUUAUCACGGUCGAAGUGUCCUUAUAAAUAUUUACUUUAACAAUAAAUCAUGUUUAUAACGAAUUUUGAUUUGAUACAGCAGGCCUUAUUUAAAUAUCACAGCGAAGCACCAAGGACACUAUGUCAAAUUUACGAAAUUUUCAAAUUCAGGACAAGAGUACCAAUUCGUCAGAGUCAGUAAGAAGGAAAUUUGGAGCAGGUGUGAUCACAGAAAAGAUGCAGGUGUGUGGGAGUGGACUAGGCUACCUACCGAUAGCCUUGGUGUUGGUUUCCUGCGGGACGUUUAUCGGAUCCUAUGUUAUAGCCGUCCUCAAAAAAGACAUCGCAGCAUAUUUCCCCUAUAUCAGUGACACCGGGACAAAGCCUCCAGAAAGCUGCAUAUUUGGACAGUUCUUAAAUAUUGCUGCAACUAUAGCCUUUUGUACAAUGUACAUCCGUUACAAGUUGGUGGAGAGUCUGACUGGUCAUGAAGAUGGCCGUCUCCGGAGACUAAAUAAAGCAGGCUUGGUACUCGGAAUUCUCAGCUCUCUCGGAUUAAGCAUUGUUGCCAAUUUUCAGGAAACUGUUGUUGAGCCGGUCCAUUUAACGGGAGCUAGCCUCGUUCUCGGUUGUGGAGUCCUUUAUGAAUUCCUCCAAACCUUUCUCACCUACCAUAUGUAUCCAGAGUUUAACGGUCAGUUCAUUGCCCGUGUCCGCCUCGUCUUAUCAGUAAUCUCAGCCGUCAGUAUGGUCACAGCAUUCACUUCAGCUGGAAUAUCCCGAUAUCAAACCGACACAAAAGACAAACUUCAUUGGAAACCAUCCGAGAAGGGAUUUGAUGCUCAUAUUGUGAGUACGAUAUCUGAGUGGAUAACGGCCGUGUUAUUUCUCUUCUUCUUCUUCACAUACGUCAGAGACUUUCAGAAAGUGCGCGUGGAGGUCAAUGCUAAACUGUGCGUGAGACAUUUGGACGAACAGCCAUUACAUAUUCCUGAUGAAAGGUCACCACUGCUGGCGUAGGUCACAAACCUACCGAGUGUCCAACAGGUUUUCAGUUACUGUACUUGCUGGGCAAAAGACAAAAUAAAAAACAUGAUUUAAUACA